AGUUCAAUGGAGGCACUUGACGCACUUGACAAGCGUUUUAUUUUCAUUUUUCGAAAUUUAUCCUGAUCCAAGCUAGAAACCUGAGAACGAGUUGCAGCACAAAUUAAAAGUGCAACGUACAAGUGUUCUAAAUAGAGGAUUACAGUGUUAGUGUUAUCGUUCGUGAUCAGCGUCGGAACGCUUGGUGUUUUGUAAUUAGUAUAGUACUUGUGGGGAAUACCAAGUAUCGAUGGCCGUUUGAACGUUUCCGAGGUGUAUUUGUUGAACUCCUGGAGCAGUGAGUCACCGUAGCAUAGUAUCGGGCGGUCGCCAUGGACACCGACGAUGGGGAAUCCUCGAGCAGCGGGCCGAUGUCCAGCUUAAACAGCCUGUUUUCUUUCACAAGUCCUGCCGUCAAGAAACUCCUGGGCUGGAAACAGGGCGACGAGGAAGAGAAAUGGGCGGAGAAGGCCGUAGACAGCCUAGUGAAGAAGCUGAAGAAGAGGAAAGGAGCUAUAGAAGAAUUAGAGCGAGCACUUUCGUGCCCCGGAACUCCAUCUAAGUGCGUCACCAUACCACGCUCGCUCGACGGCCGGUUACAGGUUUCCCACCGCAAAGGGCUGCCGCACGUGAUUUACUGCCGCGUGUGGCGCUGGCCCGACCUACAGUCCCACCACGAGCUCAAGCCCCUCGAGAUCUGCCAAUACCCAUUCAGCGCCAAACAGAAAGAGGUCUGCAUCAACCCUUACCACUAUAAACGGGUGGAGAGCCCCGUCCUCCCUCCUGUCUUAGUACCACGACACUCGGAAUUCCCACCUGGGCAUUCUCACAUGCCCUUCCAAAGAACUGCGGAACCAGCAAUGCCCCACAAUGUCUCUUAUUCCGGAUCGGGCUUCCCUCCUUCGGCCAGUUCUGAACUCCCGGACACGCCUCCACCGGCGUACUCCCCGCCCUCGGACGACAUGGAACCACCGGGCGAAGUCGCGCCCGUGUCUUACCAGGAACCGGUAUAUUGGGCUUCAGUAGCCUACUACGAACUGAACUGCAGAGUCGGCGAGGUGUUUCAUUGCAACUCCCACGCGGUCGUCGUCGAUGGCUUCACGGAUCCGUCCAACAACAGUGACAGAUUCUGCCUAGGACAACUGAGCAACGUCAACAGAAACUCUACUAUUGAAAACACCAGACGCCACAUAGGAAAAGGCGUGCAUUUGUACUACGUGGGCGGGGAAGUGUACGCCGAAUGCCUAUCCGACGCCGCCAUCUUCGUGCAGAGCCGCAACUGCAACCACCACCACGGCUUCCACGCCUCCACCGUGUGCAAGAUACCGCCCGGCUGCUCCCUGAAGAUCUUCAACAAUCGCGAGUUCGCGCAGCUGCUGUCUCAGAGCGUGAAUCACGGCUUCGAAGCGGUCUACGAGCUCACCAAGAUGUGCACGAUCCGAAUGUCGUUCGUGAAGGGAUGGGGAGCGGAGUACCACCGCCAGGACGUGACGUCGACCCCGUGCUGGAUAGAGAUCCAUCUCCACGGCCCGCUGCAGUGGCUGGACAAAGUUCUGACGCAGAUGGGGUCACCCCACAACGCCAUCUCCUCUGUGUCCUAGCUGUGUGCCCGAAUUCAGACCCCACCGUAUGUAUUUCCUUCGUAUUACUCGUGCGACCAUUUAACGCACGCAAAUUGCCCUCGUAUUACUGCAUUUUAAACGCGAACAUUUUGUACAUUUGUACAUUAUUUUACUUCUAUAAACGUUUAAUUCGCGCAAUCUUUUACACAUUAUUCCUUAUGGGUAUCCGUUGUUAUACCUAUUGCUUAAUGUUUUUAAUGGCUUUCACAACCUCCGUAUUUUUUUACUUGCAAUAUUGGGGGUUAAAAUGUAGUAGAGACAGAAAUUGAAGUACAAAUUUCACUGUAAUGUAUGUGAUAAAAUGUGCGAAAGCUAUCGCUAAUGUCAAAUGCAGAUCUUAUUGUAAGACUCGCCAUACAUGGUAACCCGGUAAAAAUGAAUUUCUAUGCUUACCACAGUGAUAUUGAAAUAAAACCUAAUUAUGUAGUUCGAGUUUGAAUUUUGCAAUGUAGCUAUGUAUAUAGCGAGUUAUUUCUGGACCGUCAUGAAGCGUUUUGACGAAACCUUAGGGACAACGUUUUUAAUUUUAGUGCAGUACCUAUUUAAGUGAUAAAAUCCAAUUUAAAGGCAAUAGUGAUAAAACAGGAAGCAAAAAGAUAGCAAGGAAGGUAACAUAAUUAUGGAGUACGUUGCAGCAAUACAAAAUUGAUACCAACUUGCCCAGAAGUAUUGACUCCGUCGUGCAGAAGUCUGAAAUAAAACAAAAUAUUAUACAUAUUUAUUAUAAAUUAUUAAAAUGUAUUUAAACAUCUGUAAAUCAUUACUUUAUUAUACUUCUGAUUACAGUCAGCAUCAAUGGUAGUUAGUAGCGAAAUAAACCCGCCAAAAGAAUCUGACCGUCAGCCUGAUAUAAAUAAAUAUAUUUCUAUAGUUUUUCAAAAGUAUCCUCCACACUCAUUGUUUAUAUAU